CCGGAAGUGGCGGCCGCUGCGGAGGCGCCGGGCGGGAUGGGGGAGUCGAUCCCGCUGGGAGCGCCGGUGCCGGUGGAGCAGGCCGUGCUGGAGACCUUCUUCUCCCACCUGGGCAUCUUCUCCUACGACAAGGCCAAGGACAAUGUGGAGAAGGAGCGGGAGGCCAACAAGAGCGCGGGGUCCAGCUGGCUGGCGCUGCUGGCCGGGCUGGCGCACCUGGCGGCGGCCGAGAAGGCCUAUCACAGCAUGACCUUCCUGGGACAGAAGCUAGGUGGUCAGUCAUUCUUCAGCCGAAAGGACUCCAUCCGAACCAUCUACACAUCUCUGCAUAAUGAGCUGAAGAAGGUGGUGGCGACGGGUCACAAUGCACUAGGAGGAACAGCUCCUCACUUGGAAGAGCUGCUUUCUCACCUGUCUGAACAGCUCUGUUUUUUUGUUCAGGCUCGGAUGGAAAUUGCUGACUUCUAUGAAAAAAUGUACACGCUCAGCACCCAAAAGUUCAUUAACUCUGAGGAACUGGUAAACAUUUUGGAAUCCAUCUUAAAGAAAUACAGUUCAAGAUUUCAUCAUCCAAUCCUCAGUCCUCUUGAAAGCAGUUUCCAGCUGGAGGUAGAUGUGCUUGCACACCUCUUAAAGGCUCAGGCUCAGAUCUCAGAGUGGAAGUUCCUUCCAUCCCUGGUCAAUUUGCACAGUGCUCACACAAAGCUACAGACUUGGGGCCAAAUUUUUGAGAAACAGCGGGAGACCAAGAAGCACCUGUUUGGAGGGCAGUCUCAGAAGGCUGUGCAACCUCCACACCUCUUCCUCUGGCUGAUGAAGCUCAAAAACAUUCUCCUUGCCAAGUUUAGCUUUUACUUUCAUGAGGCCCUUAGUCGACAGACAACAGCAUCUGAAAUGAAAACUUUGACUGCUAAAACAAAUCCUGAUUACUUUGGGAAAAUUUCCAGCUUCAUCCGGAAGUAUGAUGCUGUCAAUGUUUCCUUAAUUUUUGACAAUCGUGGAUCAGAGAGUUUUCAGGGACAUGGUUAUCAUCAUCCCCAUUCAUACAGGGAAGCCCCCAAAGGAGUGGAUCAGUAUCCUGCAGUGGUGUCUCUGCCCAGUGACAGGCCUGUUAUGCAUUGGCCCAAUGUGAUCAUGAUUAUGACUGAUAGAACCGCUGACCUCAACAGUUUGGAGAAGGUUGUUCACUUCUACGAUGAUAAAGUCCAAAGCACCUACUUUCUGACUCGCCCCGAACCUCACUUUACCAUUGUAGUUAUUUUUGAGUCCAAGAAGUCAGAAAGGGACUAUCAUUUUAUUUCUUUUCUCAAUGAAAUUUCACAUUCCCUUAAGAACUCCAAAGCUUUAGCAAGCUUGAAACCUGGAUCCAAAGGGUGAAGUACAAACUACUUAAAAGUUGUCAAGGCGCUAUGCUAGCCUUGAGGGAGCUGCAGCUUUCAAAGUUACAUAAAUUUGUGUAAUUUUGUUACAUGAAUUUGUGAUUCUCAGAGUCUAAUUGAAAAGGAACCAUUUUUAAAAAUGUUUUAAGUUUUUUUUUUUUUUUUUUAAGCUAACAGACACUUGAAAAGUAUUUUUGGGCAGUACUCAGUGGGGCAACUUAAUUGUGGGGUGGUAAAGGGCAACUGUGGGUUUUUUUUGGUGGUGUUUUCAAUUUCCAGUAUGAUUUACAACAUAACAACAACUUAAUUGUGGGGUGGUAAAGGGCAACUGUGGGUUUUUUUUGGUGGUGUUUUCAAUUUCCAGUAUGAUUUAUUUUUUUAGUCCACAGUUUUGUUGCCUGUAUCAGAAAGGAAUAUAUGCACUUUAUCAUAGUCUGAUCAUUGACUGUCUUCUACAGAGUUUAUUGAAAAUGUGGUGAGGAUGGAAGAAACUGUCUUUUCAGAAAACUGCAUUGCCUGACAGGAAUGAUUUCUGGGAACUAAACACUGAUGCAAGGGAAUAUUAAAAAAGUGAACCUGCAAAGACACAUUUUAAAUAAAAAGAUGAGAAUCAGAAAACUCACUGUUGUUAAUUAUAAUUUUGUUUCCAAAUUGUUUAAAAUGAUAACUGAGGUCUCUGACACUCUGUUAAGCACUGGUAAUCUGUUCUAAAGGCCCUGUGUCAUAAAGCUUGGUCACUGCUCCAGGACUUGGGCUGGGGCAAGAAAAGCUGCAGCAUGGCCUGGAAGGCUGGUAUUCUCUGGAGUGCUGUGGCAGUGUGGGCCCAGUCUUGGCUCAGGCUAACUGAAGCAGACAAGCUGAAUUUGAGCAGGUGUUCUAGAAGGAACAGCUCCAUGGAAAAAAGCACCAAGGUUCUUUUCAGUUUGUGCUUUUUGUCUGGCUAACUUAAAAAAGAAAAGGCAGUAGAAAAUGCCCUUUCUAAAUUAUUUAUUGUCUAAUAUGCUGUUAGUGUCAACUUAGAUUGUUUUCAAGUUCUUAUAACUAUUUUUUCUCUCUGUUCAAUUUUAAAUAAUGACAUAAUUAAGCCAAAACACUUUGGGGAUUUGGAUUUAAAUAUAUAGCCUAUGCAGUAUGUUUACCUCAUUCUUUCACCACUUCUAGGCUGCAGGGUUGGAAUAAGUAUGUUUUCUAAUUACCCUGAAAGUGCUUUAAUUUGGAAAUGAGGGUUUCCAAAUACAAUAAAGGGGGUCAAUUUGGCUGUGCCUCUAGCCUUACAUUGCAGGAUUCUUCUGACUGUUAGAUAUGCAGUUGUGCACGCACUUUGAUGGGGGUUUAGGAGAACUGAUGUAUAUAUAAGUGUAGUAAAGUCAUUAGUUGACACUGUGUAAUGUAUAAUAGGAUCAUCAGGUUGGUUUUAAAAGGGAGUUUAAGUCAAAAUGUUGGUUUCUGUUAAGAUUGAACUAUAAAAGAUACUUUUGCAAAUGUGUCUUUUAAUGAUUCCCUUUCUCUCCCACAGAAGGUUGUGGUAACUUGUCUUGCCUCUCUGCAAAUGCUGACUUUUUACAAUCACAUAAGCACAUUCUGUUCUUGAAAUACAAGCUCUGACUUUCCACUCUGUGCCCAAUGGAACCUUCUGUGCUUUGCUCUAACUGUGUGUAGCCUGUUUUGAAUAUCUGUGGUACUGCCUUUUACCUGAAGUCUUGGUCUGACUGCAGCGCCACUUGAAAAGGCCCAGUCUACUCUUUUCCACUGGAAAAUAGAAGGGGUUGCAAAUAUACCAGCAGCUGGAGGGCACCUGUUUUUUGUAAGAGUGUUACCCUUUGCAGCUUGAAUUGCAUUUUAACAGGACAAAGUUGCAAAUGACAGUACUCUGAGAGUUUGUGUGCUUCCCUCUGUGGGACAGUGACCUUGUAAUAACAUGUAGUUUUGACUUCCUCAGCCUGAAUAACAUAGAAGAAAUUGUCACCAGAACUGAUUCCCAGUCUUCGGCAGUAUAAAUAAAGUGUUGUACAAAAUCUG